AUCAGAUCGAACCAAGAAGUGGCGGGAAAACAAAGGCAGGAAAUAGAAAUAAAAAAUAAAAGAGGAAACACAAAACAAACUCAAGAAUGUCACAAUGUUACUAAAUACUGUUGUGGAAAUUUUCCUGCUGCUGGUGAAGAAUGAAGACUUCUGCCGCCGACAAGAUUUUUAUUUUCUUUGCAAGGAAAAGGUCAGUCAACGCGCGAGCGGUCAACGUUGGAGAAAGAUCUCGAAUAUGGGGACACCUGGAUAUUUCUACCUGAGGGGCGUGUCCUUCCACAUCCCUUUGUCUGCUCAAGGAGACGCCCGUCAGGACGGCCUCUUCUGUCUGUUACAAGUAUUGGUGCCGCCCCCGCUGCUACGUCCCGCACCUGCAGGAUCCUGUAUUCAGUUUGCAGGAUUCAUGGUUGGUGGAAUGAUCGGCAUGAUGAUCAUUGGCAUCACCGCGGCUAUUUGGAAGAACGAGCUCGAAAAAGAAUUUGACACUGACUCUUCCACUGUAGCGGAGCUCAAGAAGAAUCUCAAUGAACUGCAGAUAGAGGAGAGUUGCUGUGGAUUUGAUAGCGUCUCGGACUGGGGUGAUGAAAUCCCAGACUCCUGUGAGUGCGAGCCUACUCUACACGAUGCAUGUCAGGCCAAACCUCAGGGAUCAGAAGGCCCAGACCUAGUCUAUAAAACGACCUGCGGUUCCAUAGUUUCUGAUAUGUUAAACGCCUACACCAUAUUUAGGGGUUUAAGCUUUGGAUUGGCUUUCACCGCAUUGAUCGGCCUGCUGAUCUCCCUCCUGAUGCUCCAUCAGGUCAACCGCCACGACGACGUAAGAAAUACCAUCACCUACUACUGAAGGGACCUCUGACCUUUAACCUCUGCACUGUAACAAGAGGACUUAUUGGUCGUGGCCUCUUUCAUUUUUUAUUAUGGCUUUUAAGAGAGUGCGAGUGAAAUUAGGAGACGGAGAGAUGAUUAGCUGCCUUUUUAUUGUAGAAGAUGUGAAUCAUUGUAUCUCUUUUGUGUAAUCAUGCUGUUACAGCGAUGUAUCGAAGAAAAGACUCAGUUUCUAAACCCGUUUCUAUCUCAGCCGUCACCACAUGAGACCGCAGCUCUGAGAAGAGCUUUGUUUUUUGGUUUUGGUUUUUGGUUUUUGGUUUUUGGUUUUUGGUGUUACUGAUUAGAGAUGGGCACCAGGCGUUUUAAAUAGAUGAUGGAAGGUUAGUUCAAGGUUUGUCCUGCAAACCAAACAAGUAACAAGUAACAGUAUUAAUCCAACUAUUCAAUAAAUGGGAACCUGCCACACAGGAACACAUGAACGCCUGUUGUCGAGAACAUUGAUGCUUUACAGUGGAUACAACUCUUUUAUAAAACAGGUGAUCCAUGCUUCUUUCAGCAUUUCUGCAUUAUUCAUAUCAAUGUCUUUGUUUUGUCUAUUUGAUUUAAGUCUCAGCAGAUUAACAUGCAUGUCAGUGCACAUCACAUAAUAAAGCAGCAUGCUGCCACCAGACGGCAGUGCACACCAGCAGCUGCAUGAGGAACCGUUUACUUACUAUCUCUGUGAUCCAGGACCUGGAGUUUAUCUUCACAGUUCAUGCUGGUGUAAGAAACAUGAAUCUAUCCGUCCAUGCACGUGUCAGGGAAUAACUGUCUCUGAGUGUUUCCUCAUGUUGUCGGCUCUCUGUAAAUAAAAUGUCCUGAGAUGACUUUCGUUAUGAUUUUAAUGCAGUAUAAAUAAAAUGAAUUGUCCAAUCACAGAGCUGAUAAUUGUGUUGUGUACCUCUAAGGCCGUUAUUCAGUAUAACGGCACGACUCCGGGUCUGUUAUUGCUUUUUAUUUAACGGUUCUGAUGAUCGAUUGUUUGUUUAAUCAUUUAUGUGACUGGUGCUGCACUGCAGUGCAACACAACUUGUAUGAAUAUGUUCAACUGUCUUUA